CGGCAAGAUUGGAUCUUCGAUUCUUUCUCUCCCGUCCUGCGAUCAUUACCCUGUAGUUGUUUUCUUUAUUGUGUGGCACGCUUCGAGGAUCCAUCUUCCUUGCUGCCUUUGGAUGCUCGGCGACUCGUCGUUGCCGCGGAAUUUUUGGUGUUGACGGGUAGUUGGUUGGUGGUUUCUCUUUCUUGCCUGCUGGUGUUAAGAACAGUAUAAUUGGCAAUCCUCGCCGCUGUGUAUCAUGUGAUUUAUUUAUGUAUUCCGUCCGUCCCUUUUAUUUGUUCGAUUGUCUGUUUCGUGCGAGAUCUGCUUGCAGAGGUUGCUGCUGUAGCAUCGCAGUUCUUUUUCCGUGCGAUUUUUUUCUCGUGGCUUGAUUUUGCUUUUGGAGUUCCUUUUUCGUUCCCACUUCAAUUCUUGUUUUAGCGUGGUGAGAACUAUUCAUUUAUCUUUGUGUUCUUCCAGUCAACCGCAGACCUCACACCUGUAAAAACAGCUAAACAUUUCACCGGAAGUUCCUCAAUCCUUUCCAGAUGCAUCAGAUAAUUCUUUGCUGCCCCAUCCAGAAUAGUGGGGAAACUGUGGCAUUUUCAUAAUUUGGAGUGAUAUAUUACAUUCUACCGAGGAAGUGAGGUAUUACUUACUGGUUCAGAGUGCCAUCUUGCUUCUCGCAUCAAUGGCGGCUGUGUCUGCUCAUGACUCAAGGCAGUACUCAUGGUUGUGGGUUAGCCAUAUCAGCCCCAAGAACUCCAAAUGGCUCCAAGAAAAUCUCAGCGAUAUGGACACGAAGGUUAAAGCCAUGAUCAAGCUUAUCAAUGAAGAUGCUGAUUCUUUUGCAAGAAGAGCGGAGAUGUACUACAAGAAACGCCCAGAGUUGAUGAAACAAGUGGAGGAGUUUUAUCGAGCAUACCGUGCAUUAGCAGAAAGGUAUGAUCAAGCCACCGGGGCACUUAGACAGGCUCACAGAACAAUUUCUGAAGUAUUCCCAAACCAGAUGCCAUCAAUGGAUGAGUCACCCUCUUCUGCCGGCCAAGAAGUGGAACCACAUACUCCAGAGAUGCCUCCACUCUCCCGUCCAACAUAUGAAUCAGAUGAUCAUAACUCUAAGAGGAAUGGUUCACACUCUCAGGAAACCAGUGCAUUGUCAAACAGAAAAAGUCUGAAGCAGUCCAAUGAUUUGUCACUCGGUGGUGAAAAUGCUCCUCGUAUUGUUUUUGAUGGAAAAGCACGGAAAGGCCUAAAUUUUGAAAGCCCAGAAGUUAAAGGGAAAGAGGAUAUCAGCAAUGGAAUAUUAAAUAUGCAAGAAGAGAUUUCGAGGCUAUUAGCUGAGAACCAGAAUCUGAAACAACAGAUGUUGUUGGAAUCAGAGCGGGCAAAGAAAGCUGCAACUGAGAUCCAAAAUCAGAAGGAUACCGCUUCUCAGUUGAAUUCUGAGAAAGAUACAUCUAUUCUGCAGUAUGACCAGUCCACUGAGCGUUUAUCUGCUUUGGAGUCUGAGCUCUCUAAGGCACAGGGUGACCUCAAGAAGCUAACUGAUGAAAUGGCUUUGGAAGUUCAAAAGCUAAAUAGUGCUGAAUCACGCAAUAGUAUGAUACAGUCUGAGCUUGAGGCUUUGGAUCAAAAGGUGAAGUUACAGCAACAAGAGCUUGAUCAAAAGCUUAAGGAAUUGGAAAAUCUCCACUCAAGCUUUCAGGACGAACAUGAAAAGCGCAUGCAUGCUGAAAGUGCUCUUCUUUCCAAGGGAAAGGAGGGUGCUCAAUCUAAGGAAGAAGUUCAAAGGUUGACUAUAGAGAUCAAGAUGGCAAAUGAAAAUUUAGAUGAGCUCAUGCAGAGCAAGAUGCACCUGGAGACCGCUGUUUGUGAGCUGAAGAUGGAAGUCGGGAGCCUUACUGAACAAAAUCACUCUUCCGAACUGCUUAUACAACAACUCCGUGGUGAGAUAAAUUCACUGACGGAUUCAAGGAGUGAACUUCAAAAUGAAAUCCAAAGCAUUAGGGGCACCAUGUCACAGCUAAGCGCUGAGAAGGAUGGAGGUCUACUUCAACACCAGCAGUCUGUGGAAAGGGUUUCUGUUCUGGAAUCUCAGCUAAUGAAUACACAGUCAGAGCUGGAGGUUAACGAAAAUAAGGUGCAUAUCCUGAUGAAAGAUGUGGAACGGAAGAGAGAGGAAAUUCACAGUAUUCACGGCCAGCUACAAAAUGAAAGCGAUAGGCGAACACAAACUCAAGCAGCUCUUCUCAUGUCAGAGAGUCUGCAUUCCAAGUUGGAGGAAGAAGUGAAAAGGCUGACACAAGAUCUUGACACGACAAUAAAGAAGCUAAGUGAGUUGGAAAAUGAAAAGUUAAAUCUGGAGAAUACAUCAACAGAAUUGAAGAAAACCAUUUUAGGUCUGAACUCUGAGAUGGAUGCAUCACUACUUCAACAGCAUCAGUCUCUGGAGAAAGUAUCUGAUUUGGAGUUACAACUCUCGGAGACAAAGUUGAAACUGGAGAAGUCUGAACAGAAAAUGCAGUUACUGGAGCGAGAAAUGGGACAGAUGAGUGAAAGUGUCAAUAGUCUGGAGUUGACUUUGAAAGACGAAGCUGGGAAGAGGGUGCAAGCUGAAACGUCUCUCAGGUCAAUGGAGAAUAUGUAUUCUCAGUCUCAGGAAGAAGUGAGCAGGCUGCAUCGAGAGACUGAGAAGCUGAAUGGCAAAUUGAAUGAGUUGGAGAACUUGUCAUCUGAACUCAAGAGCUCCAUCUUACUUCUAAACACCGAAAAAGAUGCAACCCUUCUUGAGAACCAGGAGUCCUCGAUGAGAGUAUCCAAUCUGGAAUCUGAACUCUCACAACUGCAAGCUGAACUCCAAACGAGCCUAGAUGGUGAAACCAAGAAGCGUAUUGAAUGUGAAGCAGCUCUCCUCUUAGUGACGGAUCUUCACUCUAAAUCUCAGGAUGAAGUGAACAAGUUGGCCAUGGACAUUGAGGAGCUGACCAGGAAAUUAAGUGAGGUGGAGAACAUUAAGAUGGAUCUUGAGAACAUUGUAAACAAGCAUACAAAAGAUAUCCAUAUCCUCCGUGAACAGAAUGUUUCUGCUGAGCUUAUAAUUAAAGACCUGCAUUGGGAAUUGGGUGCAUUAAAGGAGUUGAAUGUGAAACUUGAGGCUGAAGUGGGUUCACAUAUAGGUGAAAAGGAGGCUAUUCGGAGAGACUUUGUUCGUCAAAGAGAGGAGAAGGAAAAUCUUGAUGGGAUACACCAUGCUCUGGCUUAUGAGAUGAAUGCUCUAAAAGACAGCGCAGCAGCAAACCAGAUGUUGAUAGAGGAAUUGCAGAUUACAAACUUAAAACUGAAGGAGGUGUAUGCAAAGAAUUUGAUUGAAAAGGCGCUUCUCUCAGAAAAGCUUCAAGAGAUGGAGAAACUAUCUGAAGAAUAUUCAGUGUUGGAGAACUCAGUUUCGGAUGCAAAUGCUGAAAUUGAAGGACUGAGGGAGAAGAUAGAAGUGUUGGAGUCUUCAGAAAGCUCUUUGAACGGUGAGAUUUCCACUUGUGUUUCUGAAAAGGAUGCUCUUCUAUCAGAGCUAGACACCCUUGGUAAAAGUUUCGCUGUUAUUUCAGAGAAGAAUUCCGCAUUAGAGAUGUCAUUAUGUGGUCUGAAAGCUGAGUUUGAAGACAUGAGAAUAAAAUUGAAAGAUUCUGAAAAAACAUGCCAGGCUCAGCUUGCAGAUAACUCAGCUCUUUCUGCAGAAAAAAACAACUUGUUCUCUCAGCUACAGAACAUUACAGUGGUUGCAAAAGCCCUGGAAAGUAAGCAUUCUGAUCUUCAAGACAAGCACACAUCUUUGUCAAGAGAGAAGGAUCUUGUAUAUGAUCAAGUAAGGAAACUGAAGGGUCUGCUGAGAACAAUUAAUAAAGAGUAUGAAAAUGCUGUGAAGUCACAUGAAAUGCAUGCAAACAGCCUAGAGAAACAGAUUUCUUCUCUCCAUGAAAAAAUCCAUGACAUGGACGAGAGGCUUCAGGAGGAAGAGCAAAAAAGCAUGGGAGCUUCUAUUUGUGUGGUGGCCUUGGAGAGUAGUUUGGUUUAUGCAAAAGACGAGAAUGUGGCUCUUUUAAACAAAUGUCAAAAGUAUGCGUUGGAAAAUCAUGCUGCGGAGAUUUUAAUAUCACAGCUGGAGGAUAAAGCCAGAUACCAUGAAUCGGAGAGGAAAACAUUGCUAAAGCUUAAUGGGAGACUAAGAGAAGGGAUUUCACACCACUUGAAGGUCCUUAACAUCGACAGGGAUUUAGGACCUGCUGAGAUAGCUCAGGACGAAAUUUUGCUACAGUCUGUUUCAGAUGAAACCUCCAGUAUUCUGAAACAUAAAGAGGAAAUUGAAGAUGAUAAUACUCUCAUGUACACUGAGCUCUCAGUCCUCUCGACUGUCAUGUUGCAGCUAGGAACGGAGUUCAGAGAUCUGCACUUGCAGAAGUGUGCCCUUGAGAAAGACGUAGAGAGAGAAGCAACAGAAUUGAUUUCUUUGCAAAUAAAAAAUUGCCAACUUUUGGAAUCUAAUGACCAGUUUAGGCAAGAGCUACAAAAUAACAGUGAAAGGGAUCAGCUGCAGAAGAUUGAAGCAUUAGUUUUACACGAGAAGCUAUCUUGUUUGGCAGAGUCCUACGAGGCUUCGCAAGAUAAAAUUACUGACAUGGCUGAGAAAAACGAGUCCUUGUCUAAGGAACACCAGUCUUUGAUUGAGAAGUACAAUGCCUUGGAGGACGAGAACGGUACUGCUCUUAGAGAAUGCAUGAUGCUUGAGCACCUGUCUUUGUUCUUGAGAGGCCAUAAUAAUGAGGUAGCAUCUGCAUUGGUAUCUCUUACUGAUGAGAUGGUGUUGCUGAGUUUAGUUAAGGGUGAGCUUGAUAAUGAAGUCAAAGUGCUGACUGCAAGAGCUAUAUUGUUUGAAUCAGAAAACAAUUACCUCAAGAAAUAUUUAGUCUACUUGACAGAAGUUCUCACGACUCGGCUUAUCCUCUUAGAGUUUGACUUGAACGCGGGGAAAAGUAUCUCCCAGGAAUUGGCUGUUGAACUUGAGAGUUGCAUGGCGCAGUUGAUGCAGAAGGAUGAUGAGCUACUGGAAGCAGAAGAGAAUGUUCAGCUCAUGCAAGCAAAGAACCGGGAAUUAUGUGGAGUUGUUGGGGCGCUUCAGAUUGCCAUUGAAGGUGCUAAAGUGGUGAAAGGAGAACUUGAGAAGAAAAUCGUGAUCCUGACCGAGGAGGGCACUACCAAGGAUGGUGAAAUUUUACUACUUCGCCAAGCAAAUGAAACUCUUGAAAUGGAUGCUGGGAUUCUGAAAAGGAAGGAGCAGAGUUUGAUUUCUGCACAUGAGCUCAUGUCGGAAGAGGUUGAGCAACAUGAAAGAGAAUCUCUUCUGCUGAUAGGUGACACAGUAACCUCUUCUGUGAAUGUCGCGGUCUACAAAGAAAUGGCACUAGAGUUUAUGAUGGAAGCCAAGGCUAUUGAAAUUAGUGCAAUCGCGCAAAAAGAAUUAAUAUUGAAUAAAAUCUCCAUGCGAGAUGCCCAUAUUGAGGCUCUGCAGAAAAAUGUAAUCGACAUGCAGGAAGAAAAUGCAGAGCUGAAUGCCGAACUGAGCAUGCAGCUAGCACUCAUCGGAUCUUUGUCUAAUCAUAUCAGUUUGCUGGAGGAAGAUGCUCUUUCUCUGUCAAAACCCUACAGCAUAGAAUGCAAAGAGGAAACCUGCAUGCAAGAGGACAAGAUUGGCCCAAAGUCUCAUCGGUUUGCCGGCGGAACUCUGGAGUUAAAGCAGUUAACGUCAAGAAUAGAAGCACUUGGGGUGGUUAUAUCGAAUUCCAAGUGCCGUCGAGAUGAGGAGUCGACCAAUUCCACUGCAAAGAUGAUGGCAGUAAACAUGGAAAUCCAAGAGCUUAAAACAAAAGGCGGCUCAGAAAUAUAUUCUGAGAAGGAGAAGCAAAAAGAUGGCGAGGGCUCCAAAGGGAAGCAGGUCCAGAUGAUGAAGGAUAUUGAACUUGACGAAAUAUCAACCUACUAUCCAGCAUACGGUACAGAAGCUUCAUCGUACCCAGUUGGAGUUGGCAAUGGUGCGAACGCGGAGGUGGACGAUGAGAUGCUUCAGCUAUGGGAGGCUGCAGAGAGGACGUGCAAGAACCAAACAGCCAAGUCGUCGUCAUGCGAGCACGAGCACGAGCAUGACAUAGAGGCGGUUGAGGAGGUGAAGAGCGAGUACCCUUCGUCGGAGCUAUUAAGGGGAAGAGACCUGGGAAUCAUCAACAAACUCGAGAUGUCGUCUUCAGCAGAGCCUGAUGAGUUAUGGGGCAAGAAUGUGGCGGAGAGGCUCGCUUCUGAUGGGCAGAGACUGGCGAGCAUCCAAGAGAGCAUCGAGGAACUGAAGCGGAAGAUGGGUGGCCCGGCCAAGGGGCACUCGGAAUACGAGAGCGUGAGCAGUCAGCUGCGCGAGACGGAGGGGCUGGUGUUGGAGCAGAUGAACCUCAACAGCAAGUUGGCAAAGAAGGCCGAGAAUUACCCUGCGCUGUUGGAUAGCAUGAACGCGGAGCGGGAAGGUGGUUUUCCAAGCAAGAGGAAGAUGUUGGAGCAGGUGCGGAAAGGGUCGGACAAGGUGGCGAGGCUGGAGCUGGAGCUUCAGAAGAUACAGUACGUGCUGCUGAAGCUGGAAGAAGAGCACGAGUACACAAGGCUCAAGGUGUCGGACAAGCGCACCCGGGUGCUCCUCAAGGAUUAUCUCUACGGGAGGAAGGACCACCGUGGAAAGAAGAAGAGGGCACCCUUCUGCAGCUGUGUGCGCUCUAAAUCCAGGACUGAGCCAUGACCAUUUUGUGGCCGUCGCGGCCAGAAAUAAGAAACCUUUCUUAUCUUGUACUUAUAUUAUAAAGAUAAAGAGGAAACCAUACUUGUAGUAGGCUCGUGUCCCCUUUGUAAUUGAGCUAGCAUGUUAGUAUUCAGAAUAAGCUUGUGUAUCUAUUUUUCUUUUUCAUCUGUGGGUGUGAGUAAAAUGUGUUAAUUUUCUUCGGCA